GCAGGGACAGACGGGGGACGCCAUCGAUGGGACUCCAGCGCCCCCUGCAGGGACAGACGGGGGACGCCAUGGACACCUGUGACUCCUUACCUCCUCGCUCCAAUACUUUCCUGUUAUUUCUAUUUGUAGUUUUUAUCAAUGUUCCCUCUUGAGGUGUUUGCAUCCUAAUCACUGUCUUCUUUUCCCCUGUCGUGUUUUAUUCUGUUUCCUUUUAGGAAGCUUAAUUCUAAAAUCUGUCCGCAGACUACAGAUGGAAAAGAGCUUCUAACUCUUUCCCAUGUUUAUCUUUCUUGUUAUUUCAAGGUUUAGUUUCACAGCUGUCAGUUUAUCUGAUCGUUAUAUGAUUGAUGACACUAAUAAAACCUGAUGCCCGAUUGAGACUUGAUGUUCCAACACGGUGCUAAAGAUCAGGGGAGAAUCAUCACAGCCAAAUAAUUACAACACGUGCUUCAGCAGAUCUGUUUUAUCAGACGACGUGUCUAUGGAGGCUACAGAGAGUUCAAGCUUGUUACAUGUUGGUGUGAGUGUUGUGUGUGAUGGUUUACAGAAUCUCAGAUGUACUAAAGUCCUACGUUGCACUUUGACUAAGGGUUUGCAUUAAAUCAAAUCUGGAAGCAUUUUUGCAAGCAACAAACUGGAAAAUGUACAGAACAGGAUUAUGGCCAGACAUGAGUGAUAUAGUAUGAGAGGAGGAAGAUUUUUUUUUCUAUCGUGCACUUUGAGAAUAACGUCAAAAUGUAGAGAAUAAAGUUGAAGUACAAUUCCAUUUUCUGGAAUUGUACUUCAACGUUUGGGAUUAACUGUAAAAUAAUCUAGAGGGCCGUUGAGUCGUUUUCUGCCUUUAUCGCUCUCCACACUCCAGUCCAGUAGGUGGCGGUAAUGCGCCUCUGAGCUGGUUGCCAACUGUUAGUAAACACCAACGAAGAAGAACGCACACGACUUUCCGGUGCUCAUGCUGUCCUGUGAAGACCUUGAGUGAUUUUUCAAUCAUUAUGCGAUAAAAACAGAUUCUAAAGUCUGAGCUACACUUUAUUUGAUCUACUCGGACAGUUUCUUUGGAUCUGACAGCGGCUGUUCAUCCGGGACUCUGAUCCGGGAUGUCUUCUUUAUGGAGCCUGAGGCCGCUGCUGACGUCUCUGUUACGAGCCUCCCAGCAUGCCUCCGCCUGGACGGCGCCCCUCCUCUCCAGGACGAUGGCCACCCUGAACCAGAUGCACCGGCAGGGGAAACCCAAACAGCCCCCUAAAUCCCUCGGCGCCACGUUCGGACGCCCCCAGCUGAAGGCGUUGGUCCUGAAGACCAUGAUCAGAAAACCUAAGAAGCCCAACUCUGCGAACAGGAAGUGUGCUCGAGUGCGUCUGUCCAACGGGAAGGAGGCGGUGGUGUUCAUCCCCGGCGAGGGACACAACCUGCAGGAGCACAACGUGGUGCUGGUGGAGGGCGGGAGGACGCAGGAUCUGCCCGGAGUCAAACUCAAAGUGGUGCGAGGGAAAUAUGACUGUGCCCACGUGGUGAAGAAGAAACAGUAGAGAGGAGGAUGAAGAGUGUUUAAUAAAUGUGUGUUAUUCUUA